AACACUCUUAUUAGACUCGACUGUAUGUAACGAACAUCGUGCCCUGUCAAAUCAAUGGCGCUGUUUCCAAUGAGACGAAAGGGUCAACAUAAGUGCUGAAAAACAUACUAAAAUGGGACAUUUGUUCAUUUUCAAGGCCAGAACCUGUUAAUAUAAAUGUAUCGGGCUUGCUGUACGGGGGCGCGUGUGCUUUAAGCGGUUCUCCGGUCCCGGGCGCUCCGGACACCCACGUCAGCAAAACGUUUUUCCAGCACAAACGGGUUUCGGUCUUUCGGGCAAAGCAGGAAGUGAAAGCCGUUCGCCCUGAUACCAAAGCUGGAGAAAUACAUCCAAAGUAGGCAGAGAAAUGGAGAUGGUUUGUGAAAGUGGUACAUGUCGACCGUACAGGAGUUCGGGUGACGCGGGGCAUCUGCCUGUUCACAAAUGGACCAGUGCUGAUAUGUCAGCCAUUCACCAGAGCUGUUUGCUAAAGCAGCUGGACCAGCAACGACAGCAGGAAUUGUUCUGUGACUGCAGUGUGCUGGUGGAGGGUCAGAUUUUCCGUGCACACCGUAACGUCCUGUACGGCAGCAGUGGAUAUUUCAGGAUGUUGCUGUCUCAAGGAGCUAAAGACACUCUAGAGUCUGUAAAUGCUUCUUUUGAUGUCUUCAGCCCUGAGAUCUUUGCCAUCAUCCUGGACUUCAUUUACUCUGGUCAGCUGGAGCUCAAUAGCUCUAAUGUAAUAGAAGUGAUGUCAGCCGCUAGCUACCUGCAGAUGAAUGACGUCAUUUCCUACUGCAAGGCCUUCAUUAAAUCUUUCCUUGAGAUCAGCACAAAAGAGGACGAUGAGAGUCGGUAUUUGUGUCUGUCAGACAGCAGUCCACUUCAGGACAGACGUGAGAAUGUCAUCGAGCCGUCCAACAUGUGUGACGAAAGCAUGAGCUCUCAGACCAGACUCUGGGAUCAACCAGAGGAGGAUCAGACACAGGAAGACUUCAGUGGAACAAGCCCACAGCCAUCAGGGCUUCAGCAGAACUCUCCUCCACAGUCCAGUCUGGAGGCGCAAAUGGAGGAGGAGCAGUUCAGCUCUGUGCUCUCUGAACGCAGAAGAAGAGGAAGCAGGAAAAGGACUGCCAGCAUUCGCUUGGUAACAGAAGACACUUCUCUCAUUGACCUGCAGGGGGUGGUAUCACACUGCUCUCAGAAAGCAGACGAACUGUACGCCAACCUUCCGUCAAUUGUUGGGGUAGUUGGGGUGUUUAAUAAAGAUUCCACUCCCUCUAUGCGUUACAAAUGUCCAUUCUGCACGCACACAGUAAAGAGAAAAGCCGACUUGAAGCGUCACCUCCGCUGUCACACAGGUGAGCGUCCUUAUCCCUGUCAGGCCUGCAGCAAACGUUUCACUCGCCUGGAACACCUGCGCAGCCAUUUUGAGACGACCAUUGUUCCCACUGAGGUAAAGAUCCAUCUGAUUGAUAUGCUCUCAGAAGCAGGACUUCCUGUCAUUGAGGCCACAAGUUUUGUUUCACCUAAAUGGGUCCCUCAGAUGGCUGAUCAAGAGGAAGUGAUGUGUGGCCUCCACAAGAAACCUGGUGUGAACUACCCCGUUCUGACCCCUAAUCUGAAGGGAUUCCAGGCUGCUAUGAAGGCUGGUGCAAAAGAGGUAGCAAUAUUUGGUGCUGCAUCAGAGCUCUUCAGUCAGAAGAACAUAAACUGUUCAGUGGAUGAGAGUCUUGUGCGCUUUGAGGAGGUGAUGAGAGCAGCCAAACAAGAGGGAGUUCCUGUGAGAGGCUAUGUGUCAUGUGUGCUGGGUUGUCCAUAUGAAGGGAAGGUAUCACCAAACAAAGUGGCAGAGGUUGCUAAACGACUGUAUUCCAUGGGCUGCUAUGAGAUUUCACUUGGUGAUACUAUCGGAGUGGGCACUCCAGGUGGCAUGACAGAGAUGUUGGAUGCCGUGAAGAAAGAGGUUCCCGUGGAGGCUUUAGCAGUUCACUGUCAUGACACUUACGGACAAGCACUUGCUAACAUACUUGUAGCAUUACAGAAUGGCGUAAGUGUUGUGGACUCAUCCGUUGCAGGGCUGGGCGGCUGCCCUUAUGCCCAGGGGGCUUCUGGGAAUGUUGCAACCGAAGAUGUGGUCUAUAUGCUGCAUGGACUGGGAAUCCAUACUGGAGUGGACCUGCCCAAACUGUUGGCCGCUGGCUCAUACAUCUGUCAUUCACUCAACAGAAGGACAAAUUCAAAAGUAGCUCAGGCCUCCUGCAAGCUCUGAAGUCUUCUUUCUCUUUAUAGUGAUUAUAGUCCCUGGUAUGAUGACAUUACUCUUUUGGAGGUCACUAUACGUUACCCCUUAGUAUGCAGUGAAAUCUCUUAAUUUAUAGUAUCUUUGAAAUAAAUAUCUCUAAACACAGUGGAGCUGGACAUUGGGGAUGAGCGCAUCCGUUCUCUACUGUGAAUGUAUGAAUGAAGCUAGUGAUGAAAUGGGCGCUUGUGAGCUCGUAUCACCCAAUAUUCACAACCAGAUGGACCCAAACUGUUCUCUAGUGCCUUGAUUUCUGAUGACAGGCAGCAUUUGAAAACUACAGUGUAUAUGUAUAUUUCUAAUUAAUUAAUUCAAUAUUUACAUAGUGCUGAAGCAAGAUCGUUUGUUGCCUAAAGGCAAUAAAUGCCAGAACGGGACAGAAUUUGACUUUGCAGAAUAUUAUGAAUCAUAUCUAGAUGCAAAUGUCUUGCUAGUUAGACUGCAUCACAUUACUAAUCUUGAUUAGUAUAUUUCUUUGCUAAUGUAUCAUAGAAUGAGACGUCACAAAUGGUUUUAUAUCUGAUAUCCCCAUACUUGUGUUGGUGUGCUUUGACUCAUUUUGAGACGGAAAUAUCUGUCUUUACCAGACAAAUGCAUUACUAAACUGGUUUUCAUAACAAACCCAUUAUAAUGAAAAGAUUUCACGGAACUUCAGAUACCAAAAUAAUGCACCAUUAUGACUACUUACUGAUUUUGUUUCUUUCCAGGAAAAAAAGAAUAAUUUGAGUGCUUUCUCUGUGCUAAGGAAAAUCCCUUUUCAUUUCCUUUCAUUUAUUGUUGAGACAUGUCUUGUGGGUUACAACAGCUUAUUAUUGUUUGUCUUUGUGUUGAUAACUGACAUUGUUGAAUUAUUAUUAUUAUUUUAUUUUUUUUGCUUCAGAGUUUUUUUGUAUUUAAUAAGAGAUUAUUACUUUCACACUUUUUAAUGUGAAUUAUGGUGUUCUUAUGCAGUGUGCCAAACUUCUCUUUCAGGUUUACUUUUACCGGUUAUGCUGACAAUUGAACUUUUCAUAACAGUAACAAAGGUAAAACUGGAUCCUUCUGACCAAGAGGAAAGUAACAAUUUCAGUUACAAGAAGUACUUCUGUUAUCUGUUGAAGGCCGAUUAACUGGAUCAACAAGUUUUACGCAUUAUGUUUGACAUCAUUCACGCACCCUCAAUGCAUUUUACAAACUCAUACAUGACUAGGAAAAAAAGUUAUUUAGAAGUGAAUAAUAGCUUUUGUACUUUGAUCAGGAAGUAAUGUUCUGUUAAUGCAAGGCUGUGCAUGUACAUAUUUGCUUAUUUUGAAGAACAAUUUUAUAAAAAGUAUCUAUAAAUAUCUUUUUAUGAACUAAUAAGCUAUACUUUGAGUAAGCAUUACGAUACAUUUCAGAGAUUUUGAUCCAUUCAAAAUUCCACAGUGAACUGUUUGGAAAGCAAUUGCUGAUUUGGAGCUCAGGAAACAUUUCUUAUCACAGUUGAAAACAGUUCAGUGUCUUUUGCAAACCAUGUUAAGUAUUUUAACAAUUUUUGAU